AUGCCAGCAAGUUCCGACAUCGCCUUCGGGGGCGCAAGUCAAACCGCCACCUCCUCGAGUAACCCUACCGGAAGCGCAACGCAAGUGACCCCAGCUCCAGGUGGCAUUACGGUGACCGGCCAGCCAGUGCUCCAUCUCAGAGGAGCGAGCAUAGAUGGGAAUACGAUAGAAGGGGCUCAUGGGACUGGGGCCAGAACGGGGAGGAGGACUAGGAUUCAGUGGGCGGAGGAUGUGGUUGAUAAUGAAGGGCUAGGGAGGAAGAAGAGUAAAGUAUGCUGUAUAUACCACCCACAACGCGGUAUCGACGAAUCUAGCGAUGAGAGCUCGUCGGACAGCAGCAGUGAUGACAGCGAUAGCGGGGACGAUGGGGCUGCGAGGGUGAGUCGAAGCCACGAUCGGGCGGGGGGAGGAAGAGGUGGCUGUGGGCCUGGACAUGAUCAUGAUGGGCAUGGUCAUAAAAAGGGGAAGAAGAAAGCUAGGGCUCCGAGCCCGAAUGCGUAUGAGAAGAUGCCGAAGGUCAAGGGGAGUGGCAGCGUGCCGCGAGAGCAGCGGUAA